GUGUCGUUUUCCAUUCCUCUAAGGGGAAGUCAUAGAUUCAAAGAGAAGGAUAAACUGCAGAGAUGUUCAAGUGCUAAUGUUUGGAUAGCUUGUGAAGGUAUAGCAGUGGAACCAAAAGCAGAAAAUUUGCACAACAAAAUUUCAGCACUACUGAUAAAAUGUCAUCAAAUGACAAUAAUAAACACAGCUCUCUCAUUGAUCGAAGGAACGAAGUCAAUGAACCGGUUCAAAUUAUCGACGAAGGCAACGUUCCGAAGUCCCAGUCAGAAAGUUGGUCUAAAAGUGCUGAUUUAAGCCUCGACCGAAACCUCUGAUGGUCUAAAAGUCCCGGUUCAAGCCUCGACCGAAACCUCGGAACAAUGUAGAUGCCAAAGCAAGUAGUGCAGCCCAUAGGAACUCAUCGGAUAAUGGAGAAGGCAGAGGCAGAGGAAAUGUCAAAGAGUUCACCGAAACCCAGAGUCAACAUUGCCACCGAGAAUCAUAGCUCUAGAUUGAAGCAAAAGGAUAAAAAAUCGAACACUAAUGGCUCAGAAAAAGACACUGUUUCUGAUGGCUCUAAGACUAUUUCUGAAGAUCCAAUAGAGUCGUCCGAGGUCAACUUUUCGAUAGAAGACCCGACACCAAGUGAGAAUUUUGCCACAAUAUGGCAUGGAUCAUGAAGAAAUCCAGACCAUCGAUGCUAAAAUCCGGCAAUGGUCUGGAAAACAGGAACAUAUCCGUUCACUGUUGUCAACCUUACAAUAUGUUCUUUGGGCCGAUAGUGGUUCGAAACCGGUCCCAAUUACUGAUAUAAUUGAAGGACGAGCUGUUAAAAAAUCAUACCAAAAAGCUCUACUGUGUCUUCAUCCAGAUAAACUACAGCAGAAGGGAGCUGCCUCCUAUAAAAAAUACAUUGCAGAAAAAGUCUUUGAUAUUCUGCAGGAUGCAUGGACUCAGUUUAACUCGCUCAACUCGAUCUGAUUUACUAUUUUCUCGAUCAAUAGCGACAUUUCAUCCGUUCAAGAAAAAAGCAAGAUUUGGAGUUCAUCGAGACAUCUUUUACA